CACAUCCUCAGAGCCCAUCUCAGCACAGUCCAUGCUCCAUACGUUGUUCUUGGUUUUCGUUCUCUCCUCGCCCAACCUUUUCACUUUCCUCAUUUCUCUUUUUGAUCAUUAACCCCAACGGUAACGUAAAACAGGAUGGAACAUUUCGAUCUUAAAUGAGAUUAGAGAUUAAGAGUUUUAAAAAAAUUGCAGUAACUAAUGAAGUUGGAUUCGAACCCAGCUUCAUCAUCAGCAUCGACAUCAACGUCAACACCGUCAACACCAAACGGGAAGCGAAGUAGAGAUCCUGAAGAUGAGGUCUACCUUGACAAUCUCAAUUCUCAUAAGCGAUACCUCAGUGAGAUAAUGGCAUCUAGUUUGAAUGGAUUAACAGUUGGAGACCCACUCCAGGACAAUCUUAUGGAAUCUCCUGCCAGGGAUGAAAUGUCCUUGCAAUAUUCACCAAUGUCAGAAGACUUUGAUGACUCUAGAUUUUGCGAGACACCUACAAAUGCUUGCUCACCUCAAUCUGAAAGUCUACCCAGCAGUCCAGUUUCUCCAUGUAGGUACCAAAGGCCACUUGGUGGGUUCUCUUCUGCUCCUUAUAGCAGCUCAUUCCUUUCACAUGGCUGCGCUGUCACCAGCGUCACUUAUUCACAGCCUCGUCAACGAGGUUCAGAUUCUGAGGGCCGGUUCCCGUCAUCACCUAGUGAUAUAUGCCACUCAGCUGACCUGAGGAGGGCUGCACUCCUGCGUUCUGUGCAGAUGAGAACACAACCACUUGGUUCAUCAUCUUUUGAAUUGCCAUUUGGUUCAGGACACGAGCCUGGAUCUAACAUAGAAGCUGAAGAGCGGCCAUGCUCGUAUAUGAAGUCCCUGGUUGAAGAGAGGGAGUAUCCACUCGAAGAGUGUUCUUCAAUGAACAUCUCAGAACCUGGAUUUAAUGAAGAGAAGGCAUGCCGGGUUUUGAAUAUGAAUAUAAAAGGGGAUGGUUCUGGAGUUUGAGUACUAAUGGAAGUGUUGCAGAACCAACCAACUCUGACCAUAUCUUGUGCACCUGUACUGAAGUGGCUUAGAGUAACUUAUCAGUGAGUGGCUGGCCAUGACAGAUUUUUUUUAAUAACAUCAUCAGGGUUUGCAUUUGAGUUCAUACGAGGUACUAUGCUGAAUAGCACUAGUGGUUUCACAGCUGGCUGUUUCACUACCCUCCGCAUCUCUCCUCUCCCAGUGGGUGGUCUCUGAUUUAACUAUACACUGCUGCAUAAUCACUGGUGUACACAUAUCUGCUAGUGGGAAAACCUGGCCAAAGCAUAACUCAUGGUGCUAGCAAGUGUUUUGAUUGAUCUGAGAAAGCUUUGCUGGAAGUUAAAGCGUGUUUUCUUGGUAAACUAGAAUUCUAAUUAAGCUAAUAGGAAAUAACGUUUCAUGGUAA